AUGCGUUCCCUCCGGGCUAAUCGGCGUCUCGCGCUGCGGCCCCUCCCUCGAUAUGCCUCCACGGCCGCCUCCGGCGUCCCCAAGACGACCGCCAUCCAGUCUGUCCUGAUUGCCAACCGUGGCGAGAUUGCCAUCCGAAUCAACAAGACGGCGGAGCGCAUGGGCAUCCGCGCCACCACCGUGUACACCGAUGUCGACGCCCACUCGUGGCACGCCAACACGGGCUUCCAGUCGCUCGGCCUCGGCCCUGCCAAGGGUUACCUCGACGGCGAGAAGAUCAUCACCCUGGCCAAGAAGAACGGCAUCCAGGCGCUGCACCCCGGUUACGGCUUCCUGUCUGAGAACCCUCAGUUUGCCGAGCGCUGCGAGCAGGAGGGCAUCGUCUUCAUCGGACCCCCUCCUUCGGCCAUGACUGACAUGGGUGACAAGGCCCGAUCCAAGGAGAUCAUGAACGCCGCUAAUGUUCCCUGCGUGCCCGGCUACCACGGCUCCGAUCAGGGCGAGCAGCAGCUUCUGGAGCACGCCAAGAACGUCACCUUCCCGGUGCUGCUGAAGAGUGUCCGUGGUGGUGGUGGCAAGGGUAUGCGCAUUGUCAUGACCGAGGACGAGUUCAUGACCCAGCUCCGGAGUGCCCGUGCUGAGGCCAAGGCAUCGUUUGGCGAGGGUGGUGAGGUUAUGCUGGUCGAAAAGUACAUUGUCCGCCCUCGUCACGUCGAGGUCCAGGUCUUUGCCGACAAGCACGGCAACACGGUCGCCCUCGGUGAGCGUGACUGUAGUGUCCAGCGCAGGCACCAAAAGGUGCUCGAAGAAUCUCCCGCGCCCGAUCUGGACAGUGUUACCCAGCAGGAUCUCUGGAACAAGGCCCGCAUGGCUGCCUCUGCUGUCGGCUACGUCGGCGCUGGCACUGUCGAAUUCAUCCUCGACAAGGACAGCGGCAAGUUCUAUUUCAUGGAGAUGAACACCCGUCUGCAGGUCGAGCACCCCGUCACAGAGAUGGUUACCGGCGUCGAUCUUGUUGAGUGGCAAUUCCGCAUUGCUGCUGGUGAGAAGCUUCCUCUCGACCAAGCUCAGGUUGAGGAGCAAAUGGCACAGCGUGGUGCCGCCAUCGAGGCCCGUGUCUACGCCGAGAACCCUGAAAAGGGCUUCAUGCCCGACUCUGGCAAGCUUGUCCACGCCGUCCUGGCCGAGAGCCUGAAGGGCGAUGAAGAUGUCCGUCUGGACUGGGGUUUCGGCUCCGGCAGUGUAGUCUCGGAGGCUUACGAUGGUAUGAUUGCCAAGCUGAUCGUCCGUGGUGAUACUCGCGAGACUGCCAUCGCUAAGCUCGCCGCUGCUCUCCGCAAAUUCGAGAUUGUCGGCCUCAGCACCAACGUUGAGUUCCUGAAGCGUCUGUGCGAGUCGCCUGCUUUCAUCGCGGGUGACGUCGAGACUGGUUUCAUUGAGAAGUGGAGAGAUGAGCUCUUCAAGCCCAGACACAUCAAGGGUGAAGUCUUUGCCCAGGCUGCUCUCGGUGUUCUGAGCUUCCAGGCCAACGAGCCUGGUCCCCAUGGCCUUUCUCUGGGCUUUGGCGCUCCUAAUGCUACUAGCGAACGCAAGCUUGCUUUCAAGGUCCUUGACGGCUACAGCGCCAACGAGGGCGAGAUUGUUGAGGCCAGUGUCGCUCAGACCGGACACGACCUGUACACCGUUUCCAUCAGCCGCAAAGGGCAGGAGGCCCCUGAGGUCUUUGCCAAUGUCUCCGCCAAGCGCACCACCGAGGAGGCCGUGACUAAGGUCAACUCGCUGUUCUCUCAUGAGCGUAUCCACUCUACCGUCGUUCCCAAGGAGGACGGCAACGACACCAAAGUGACCAUCUUUCAACAUGGUAUUAAGACUGAGCUGUCUCUUCUGCCCCCCCAGUGGUACGAAAAGGCCCUCGGCCUGAAGGAGAUUUCUGCCUCUGUUGCCGCUCCCAUGCCCUGCAAGAUUCUCAAGAACGAGGUCGAAGAGGGCCAGACUGUCAAGAAGGGUACCCCUCUUGUCGUUAUUGAGUCCAUGAAGAUGGAGACUGUCAUCCGCUCUCCUCAGGAUGGUGUCAUUAAGAAACUUGCCCACAAGGAGGGUGAUAUUUGCAAGGCUGGCACUAUCCUGGUUCUCUUUGAGGAAGAGGCCAAGACGGAAGAGUAA